CCCACCCCCGGGGCCCCCCCGGCCGGGGACAGCGGGGCCCUGCAGCGCCUUGUCUCCCUCUCCAUGGUGUGGGCCAACCACGUCUUCCUUGGCUGCCGGUACCCGCUGUCAGUGAUGGAAAAGGUGCUGGAAAUGGCUGAAGGCAUCAAAGUGACCCAUGCGCCCGCCCACACGACGAGAGAUGAACUGGUUGCCAAGGUGAAGAAAAGAGGCAUAUCAAGUAGCAAUGAAGGGGUAGAGGAACCUUGCAAGAAACGAGCUGUUGACAAAAGCAGAGAUUCUAAGGAUGCUGGAAAUGAUGCUAAGUUGACAAAGACAGAAGUUUCCAAGGAGACGGAGAGCAUGUUGCUGAAGAAGCAGGAAAAAGAUUCAGGGAAAGAUUUAGAGUGUUUACUGCCAUCCUCUAGCUUGAACCAAGAAAAGAGCACAAUGUCAGGGGCAGGAACAGAAACAAAAGGAGCUAAUCAUAAAACCACUACAAAUAUCAAUCGAACUUCAGCAACUCCUUCAUCUGGAACAGAGUCAAAAAUGAAUUAUUCAAAUCCAACCAUGGAAACCAAACCUGAAAGUGUGUUGCCACCUGAGAAGAAGAGUCCAUUGGCCAGCACUGUGCCGGAGGCUGCCAAGGGCAGCUCCCAGGCCAGUUCCCAGGCCCCCACAGCUGCGCUACCAGCUCCCAAGGGCGGCUCCCAAGUCAGCACUCCGCCACUGGCUUGUAAGGCCAGUGCUCUGCAGGCCAGCGCUUCACUGAUGGCUUCUAAGGCCAGCACUUCACCAGCGGCUUCCAAGAUCAGCUCACUGGCCAGCACUCUGCUGGCAGCUUCCAAAAGUGGCUCCCAGGCCAGCACUCCACCGGUGGCUUCCAAAAGCAGCUCACAGGCUAGUGGAAGUCCUGCUAAAGUAUCAUGGAAGCCAUUAACAAAUGAAGAUGCAAAAGAAAGACAGCCUUUUUUCAAUAGACUGUACAAAUCUGUGGCCUGGAAGCUGGUUGCUGUUGGUGGUUUCAGUCCCAAUGUGAAUCACGCAGAACUUUUAAACUCAUCCAUUCAGUCUGUGAAAGCCAGUUUAGAUGUAACUUUUGUUCCUCUGAAGGAACUUGCAGACUUACCUCAAAAUAAAAGCUCUCAUGAAAAUAUAGUUUGUGAACUGAGGUGCAAAUCUGUUUAUUUGGGUACUGGCUGUGGAAAAAGUAAGGAAAAUGCCAAAGCUAUAGCUUCAAGGGAAGCUUUGAAAUUAUUUCUCAAGAAGAAAGUUAUUGUAAAGAUAUGUAAAAGAAAGUACAAAGGACGUGAAAUUGAAGAUCUGGUACUUCUCGAUGAAGAAUCAAAACCCUCAAACUUACCUCCAGCUUUAAAAAAUCCUCAAGAGAUCCUGUAAGACACACAAGAACUGAGGGUUACUUUUGUACUCUGAAAAUGUAGGCUUCCAGAUAUUUUGUAUUUCUCAGUUUUGCAGAACAGUUACAUUCUUGUUCCUUUCACACGGUAGCAAUUGUAAAUAACUUCUUCUAGAUCACAAGAAGUGUGCAUUUAAAGGUAUGCCUUAAUAUAGAGCACACUAGCGUGCUGUUUUAUUUGCUAUAUAGUCUACCUAAGUCUUCUAUUUUUAAUUAAAAGAUUAAGGUACAGUUUGAUUCAAGUCUAAUAAUUUUGUAAUUCUUACGAUUUGGUGGCAGUGUGCUCAGUUGUCUACCAUGUCUUUUUAGCUGCAUAGAAAUGUAUAUAGGGACCAUAGUACUUGAAUGGUUGAAAGUCGUUAAAUUUCAAUCAAAAGGUUGUCUGUUUGAAAUUUGUUUCCCAUAAUGUUCACUAUUACUGUUGAAAUGAGAGAAAAUAGUUGGCUGACUAUUUUUAUGAAGAGUUGUAACAUUUUAAAGUUAAUCCUAAAAUAUGUGAUCCUGUUUAACAUUACAAUAGCAAAAUUGUCAAUAAACAAUCACCAGGGAGAGAUUUCAACCACCAAAAACUCUUUAAGAAAAUUAAACUUACAUUUUGUGAAAUACCAUUUACACUUUGUUUUUCAGAUAAACAUGGAUUUCUAUAUAAGCAUAUUUUAUGACUGCUACUAUUAAAAGCUAUAAACUUCUGGGAUGUCCUCACUUUUAAUAUUUUGUUUUAGCUAUUAAAUGCUUUAUAAAAUGAUCAUUUUGAUAAAUGUUAGUGACAUCUUUUUUGAAAAAAAUCUUAAACAUUAAAGUGGGUCAGACGCAUGUGUGAAAAUGAUCAACAGAGCCGUACUCCUUUCUUUUGCUAUGAAAAUAUACACUGACUUCAGGGUGGAUGGGUUUCAUUGUGUAGUUACUAGUGGUUCUUGUUAAGAUGCACAAGAGAUACUAAUGUAAACCUAGAAUGACAACAUUUUUUUCAAUAAAUAAUGGAAUGUA